GCACGGUCUGCGUCCUUCUGUCCUUCCCAUUCAUCUUCAGCCCGUGCCUGGGCUGCGGGGCGGCCACCCCCGAGUGGGCCGCCCUCCUGUACUAUGGGCCCUUCAUCGUGAUAUUCCAGUUCGGCUGGGCUGCGACGCAGAUUUCCCACCUCAGUCUCAUCCCGGAGCUGGUCACCAAUGACCACGAGAAGGUGGAGCUUACGGCACUCAGGUACGCCUUCACUGUAGUGGCCAACAUCACCGUCUAUGGUGCCGCCUGGCUCCUACUCCACCUGCAGGGCUCCUCACGCAUGGGGCCUGCCCAGGACCUCAGUGUCAGUGACCAGCUGGGGGUCCAAGAUGUGUCGGUGUUCCGGAAUCUCUCCCUGUUGGUGGUGGGCAUCGGAGCCGUCUUCUCGCUAUUGUUCCACCUGGGCACCAGGGAGAGGCGCCGGCCACGGGUGGAGGAGCCAGAUGAACACAGCCCCCUGCUGGCCCCCAUGGCCGCCCAGCCCUUGCUGCUCUGGAAACACUGGCUUCGGGAGCCGGCUUUUUAUCAGUGGGGCAGGUUGUACCAGGCUUCCCGGGGGUCCGAGUUGGUCAGGCCUGUGUACCACAGCUGGCCGGAAGCGUCACAUCCUGUGGGCAUGUACUUCCAGCGUGUCGCCUGCUUGAUGGCCGGUGCCCAGCGGGGCCCUUCCAGGGACAGCUUAGAGCUCUGCUGCAGAGCCUGCUUGGGCUUCUACCACUGGGUGAUGGUGGCCGUGACCGGCGGUGUGGGCGUGGCCGCCACGCUCUCUCUGUGCAGCCUCCUCAUCUGGCCCAUCCACCUGCAACGCU